AUGGCAAGUGGAGGAAACACGGAUACUACCGAACGUAUAACUCGAAACGAGUUAAACAAGAUGAUCUCGGAUGAAGUAACGAAGGCGAUUGAUGCAAACAUGUCAAAACUAGCACAAAAAGUGGAGGGCCAAGUACUAAGUACGGUAGAAAAUAUGAUCACGAGCAAAGUGGAUGAAUUGAAGGAAAUGAUAGCCGGAAUUCAAGGCAAGAAAGAGGCAAGACGGUGCACCUACAAGGAUUUCAUGGCAUGUAAGCCUACAACCUUUAAUGGGGAAAUUGAUCCCAUAGAAUGCCAAAGAUGGAUAGCUAACAUGGAAGGGGUGUUCAUUCGAAGUCAUUGUGACAAGGAAGAUCAAGUCAUGUUUGCCAUGGGGCAACUUUUACGAAGGGCUAAAGAUUGGUGGGACUCGUAUAGUAAGGAGAUCGGAGAGAAUCGAGUUCAAACUUUGACUUGGCAAGAAUUCAAACAACCUUUUAUCAAGUACCAUUGUCCACAAUCAGCGGUGGAUCGAAUCCAAGAAGACUUUCUCCGACUCCGACAAAGAGAUGAAUCUGUCAAUGAGAUCACGAACACCUUCCUUGAUCAACUGAAGUUUUGUGAAGAAAUAGUUGGAACGGAGAGAAAGAAGAUUAUCCGUUAUCAUGGCAUGCUUAAGGCUGAAAUUUGGGAGUUCAUAACUCCUCCAAAAUGCGAAACUUUGGACGAGAUCAUUGAUCUAGCGAGGGAUAGGGAAAUUGAAAUAAAGAGGCAAGACGAACGUGGAGAGAAAAGGCAAGUCGAGAAGGGGUCAACGCAAGGUUCUUCUAAGAAACCCAAGACGCACGAUCAAGGGAAGAAAGAAGCUUCCAAAGGCGGGUUUCCACGAUGCAAGACAUGUGGAAAACCCCAUUCCGGUGAAUGUUUAUUGGGAAGGAAGGGGUGUUACAAUUGCGGACAAGAAGGGCAUCCGUACUAUAACUGUCCGAAUCCCAAAAGGGUAUGCUACAAUUGUAACGAAUCGGGCCAUGUGAAAGCUGACUGCCCAAAGCUUAAACAAGGGGUGAAGAAGGAAGGAAAGAAAGAAGAACCCGCGAAAGCUAAGGGAAGAAUGUUCCAAAUCUCCACGGAAGAAGCAAGGGCUCACCCGAAUGUGGUCUCAGGUAUCUAUAUGAUAAACUCUAUACCCACUUAUAUAUUAUUCGAUACCGGAGCUAGUAGAUCAUUUAUUUCUAGUGAGCUUGCACGUUUCCCUUUAUUCCCGAUAGAAAGAAUGUGUACACCUCUCGAAGUAGAAAUUGCCGAUUGUAAGAGUUACCUUUUGCACGAAAUAUGUAGAGGUUGUAGAAUCACUAUAGAUGAUGAAGAUUUUGAGAUUGAUUUGAUUCCCAUGGUUUUAGGAGAAUUUAAAGUAGUAGUAGGUAUGGAUUGGUUAUCCCGUUAUCACGCGGAAAUUUUAUGCGAAAACAAAAUUAUUCAUGUGACAUCCCCUAAAGGGAAAUGGGUAACCAUUCAUGGGGAAAGGGAAGUAGGGGCAAAAUUGUGUACUAUCUUAGAAGCAAUUAAGUACGUGAGGAAUGGAAGUAAAGCAUUUUUAGCCUAUGUUGUCGAUACCAAGUUAGGAGUUUCAAAAAUUGAAGAUACUAAGAUAGUGAAUGAAUACCCGGAUGUAUUUCCGGACGAAUUGCCGGGACUUCCACCCGAGCGGGAAGUCGAGUUUCGUAUUGAAUUAGAACCAAAUGCCAAACCGGUAGCCAAAGCCCCUUACCGGUUGGCACCCGCGGAAAAAGAUCUCAAUAUGAGGCAACGGAGAUGGUUGGAAUUGAUUAAAGAUUAUGACUGUGACAUUCUUUACCAUCCGGGUAAAGCUAAUGUUGUGGCGGAUGCACUUAGUCGGAAGGAAUACCCACCACCUAUUCGAGUGAAAUCAAUGAGAAUGAUAGUUACCCCAAACCUUCUUGAAACAAUACGCGAGGCGCAAGAUAAGUCCUUAAAUGUUGGUGAUCCGAAAAGUGAAAGAACGAAAGGGUUUGAAAAUGAAUUUGAAGUGAACGCAAGUGGGUUAAGGACGAGGUUUGCACGAAUUUAG